AUGCUGGUUGUGGGCCAUGGGGGGCCGAAGUGGAUCUCACCGAGCUUGGCGAAGCAGAUGGACAUCUGUCGCAUUGGAACCGAUCUCAAAGCCGAGGACAUGCUCAAGCAGGAAGACCCGUACCUGCACCGGGAGGCUGGAACAGCUCAGGGACAUGCACGCGACUUGCAUCGCGGAAGUUGCGUCAUGGCCUUCUGGAGGGAUCGGAAGCAUAUCGAGGGUGCAAGCGCCGAGGAGCUCCGCGUCUCCCUCUGGGGCCUCGCCCUCGGUGCCUCGCAGAGGCGCGAAAAAUAUGCCCGCAAGGCACCGGCAGGGGCGUCUGCAGGAAGCAGGCUCCGGUCGGCCUCCUGGCAAAAUCGAGAAGAUCGCCAAGGGGAUGGUGCAGGCAUGAGGCAGCCUGGUGCAGGCGCAGCCGUGCUGCUGAAACUUGCUCAUGCCGCUUGGGGCUGUAGUGCUGCGGAAGGCACUGAUGCAAACGAUGAGCACAUGGCAUUGAACGCAGGUGUUCUGGUUCUCGGCGGGCGCGGCGAUCUUUCUCGCACGGCAGGGACGCGGGCAGGUGAAAGCAGCUUACAGCCCGGCGCCUCCCGGCAAUGUCAAACGGGAUCGUCGGGUCACCAAAGCCACGAGGCAGGAGGAAGGGAAGCAGCGAGAGAAACAUCAGCUGGCCGGCCUCGGGCUGCUCAGGCCCAGCCGCGAGGAGGCUUGCGACAAAGGAGACGGAUGCGCGGCGACAAGAAAGCGAGGCUUGAAGCUUUCUGUGGCGAUGGACUCUGGCUCUGUGCGUCAUGCAACCGGACAGCUCUGUUGCACGCAAAGCGAUGCUCCCACACGCCUCACAGCCUGGGACGAGAUGCUUGUGAAGUUGUCGAGACCGGUGAUCAUCCUCGACUCUUCAGAUCCACGCGAGCUUCAGGCCGACGAAGGCCAAAUUCGGCCGGAUGUGAUCGCAGCCUUUUUCACAUGAAUGUCGCUCUGAAUACACGAUGA